UUGCCUGUCUUUCCGAUAAACUCCUGAAAUCCAGAAAGCUAUGAAAAUAAGCAAAGGCAUUUGAGUUUAAAGGAAAUAAACACAGGACGCUUUCUCGUUGUGAGCGUGUCCUUCCCAGGACAUCUGUAACCAGGAAGUAAACACUUAACGUAUAUACUCGCUGUAGUCGUCCAUGAAUGCUUGAAAUUUGUCCAGUAAAUACGUGACCGAGUGCUACCGAUCGUGUCAUGAUUUAUUGUUUUAACAGCUCGGUGUUUGCGGUUCUGAGGGAUUACGAGCGUCCUUGCUGAUAUGUCAUGUGAGUAUAUGCGCUGGGUUCUGUCUGUAGCUUAUUUAGGAUAAAAGUCUUGGCCCUGGAGGAUACGCUACAGAUUUUUGCAUUACAGAGAUCAUGCAAAGGUGUUUGGUUCAGCUCAGAAUGAAUAAAGAAAUGGAGGAGCUUUCUCCCCUGGUUGACUCAGGGCAUGGUGAUAUGUCUGAGGAAGAAUCGGAGGAAGAUGACGAGCCUAAAAUUUGUCAAGUGUGUGGUGACAAAUCCACAGGAUACCACUUCAACGCCAUGACCUGUGAGGGAUGCAAAGGCUUUUUCAGGCGCGCCAUGAAGAGACCGACGAAGUUCUGCUGCCCGUUUCAAAACUCCUGUGUCAUCAACAAGAGCAACAGGAGGCAGUGCCAGUCCUGUCGUCUUCAGAAAUGCCUCUCCAUUGGAAUGAGGAAGGAGUUGAUCAUGUCAGAUGAGGCCGUGGAGAAACGGAGGAUGCAGAUCAAAAGGAAGAGGUUGCAGGAAGAGCCUGUCAUGCUCACACCUCAACAGGAAAAAGUCAUUCAGGAACUCCUCGCCGCCCAUAAAAAGACCUUUGACAUGACCUGUGCCCACUUCAUACAGUUCCGGCCUCUAGAUCCGGAUAAAAAUGAGAUAUCCGACCACAACCAAGAACAUUGCAGCAGAAAGUACACUCAAAGAGAUUCCAGCUAUGUCUCCACCUCAUCACCUUCAUCCGACUCUCAGGAACUUGAAAAUAAAGAGAUUAAACGCCUCGGCCGGAUCAUUUUCACCUCACUGCCGCAUUUCGCAGACCUCACCACGUACAUGAUUAAGAACGUCAUCAACUUUGGCAAGAUGCUUACAAUGUUCAGGGCUCUAGUCAUAGAGGACCAGAUCUCACUACUGAAAGGUGCAACCUUAGAGAUCAUGCUGAUUCACUUUAACAUGUUCUUUAAUGAGGAGACAAACAUUUGGGAGUGCGGUCCAAUUAAGUACUGCCUGGAAGACGCCAUGCGAGCUGGUUUUCAGCGCCAUCUGCUGGAUCCCAUGAUGAAUUUUCACUGCACUUUGCGAAAGCUGCGCUUACAUGAAGAGGAGUAUGUGCUGAUGCAGGCCAUCUCACUCUUCUCACCAGAUCGCCCUGGCCUAACGCAUCACAAAGCGAUCGACCAUAACCAAGAAGUACUAGCUGUGACCCUGAAGACCUACAUUGAGUCCAAGAGGUCCGAACCAGAGAAAUAUCUGCUGUAUCCAAAGAUCAUAGGGUGCCUGACUGAGAUGAGAUCUAUGAAUGAAGAGUACACAAAACAGGUGCUCAAAAUUCAGGACAUUCAGCCAGAAGUGUCUCCAUUAUUGCUGGAAAUAAUAAGCAAGGACAGUUAAGUCUUUACAGAAGAGAUCUUGUUGUUAUCAAAGGCCUUGGAAUCGGCAGCGAUUCGAGCUGUGCAGAUCUUUGGUGCUUUGACCUUCAUCCGAGGACACUAAAGAUUGAGUUAUUUCGCAAGGGCCCUUGAAAUGCAGUCGAGACUAGCAAGGACAAGGCAUGUGUGCCUAAAGCUACUGAACUACUGACCAGCAGCACAUACAGUCAAUGCUGCUUGUGAAAUUGUAUUUUUAUAUUUGUCUCACUGAAUGUAAUUGUGUUGCAAUUUGAUAUGAUCAGCAAUCUUUAUUUUCUGAAUCUGUCCACACAAAAAUAAGCUCUACAGUCUGUAGCCACAUAUAUGAUAUGAUGCCCUCCAAAAAAGUGUGUUUAUUCAAGAUGUUUGACCCUGACUGUGAAAUCCAAGCUUAAGUCUCAUCAUCUAAUUUUGAGAUUAUAAGCACCAACAUUUGGCCUUACUCAGUCAAUCUCAAGGUUAAGUUUGUAAAACUGGGUCACUUUCAUAUAAAUGUUCCCCAAGAAUGGUAAUAUACCAGCACUUAGCACUGAUCACAAGUCAGGGAUUUGUGUCCUGAUCUUUAAGACUCUUCAGUGGAUUUUCUGUAUAAGUGAGACGGCUACACUGGCAGCAGAGACUGCAAACUCUGUCGAACCUUUAAUUAUAAAACCACAAUGUGAUGACUACAUUAUUGUUUAUGGUUUAUAUUGAUGUUAAAUUUGAGAAAUGUGUUUAUUUAUUUGUUUUAAAAUACAUCAUGAUGUAAGUAGACCUAUUUUAUUGGUCUAUCGUUGUGUUCAGAUUAUAUACAUACUGUACCAGUGCCAAUGUCGGAUGAAAGUUUGAUUCAGAUACUCCACAAAUAGAUUGUAAAAAACAAAAUGUAUUGGUGGGGUAAACCUCAGGAAAAACAUGUUCAGAUUCACGUCCACACAUGCUGGGUUAUUUUCAGGGUCAAAAAAGCACAAACCCAGCUAUUGGGUUCAAUUAUCCCAGAAAAUGGUUUGUGUUUGACCCAGCAAUCCGUUGGGUUCAUACCUUUAUGAUAUGUUUCCCCAAAAUGUUUCGAAUACUAGUGAGAAAUGUGCUUGAUUGUCGUGACAACCUUAUUCUGUAUGCUAAAAGACAUAAUCCUUCAUUUUUUUUCUUUUUAAAAUGUAAGUGAACAGAGCCGA